AUGAGCAUGGUAAAGAGCCGGGAGCGGCUGGAGCAGCGGCUGGCGGGGAUGGUGGCUGCCCCGGAGACGUCUCCAGCCUGGUCUGCACUGGGAGAGGAGGGGCUGGCGACCAUGAAACAGGACAAGAGCCACGGGCAGGAUGAGGCAGACUGCAGGGCAAAGCUGAUCCUCCUCAACGGGGACUGCACCAAUCCUGCUACGCCCAGCGUUGUACUGGAGGCGAAUGGGAAGCCCAGUACUCCAGAUCCCAUGGACCUCGCGCUGUUGCCUCUGCAGAACAAGGACAGCAAUGGAGACCUCUCCAAGGAGGACCUGGCCUGGCCACUUGGCCUGGCAGGGGUGCAGAAGGCAGGGCAGGCCCGGCACGUGACGAGGAUCAAGGAUCGAAGCAGUGUGGAAGCUCUCAGGGACCUGCGAACUCCUGUGCGGGGCUCCAGGCGUCGCUCAGCCGUGUCCACACCGCUGACCAUCGACCUGACAGAGGAUGACUCCCGGGACUCAUCCCAGAGCAGCAGCACACUCUCUGGCAGCAGCUCCCAGGAGGGGCAGAAUGGCUCUGCCGAGCUGGGGGCUGAGGAGUCAGAGAGCAGAGAUGUGGGGAUGGCGCUGGAAUACCAGGAUGGGAAGGACUUUGGAAUUGGGGAGCUCGUCUGGGGGAAGAUCAAAGGUUUCUCCUGGUGGCCUGCAAUUGUUGUCUCCCACAAAGCCACGGCCAAGCGCCAGGCUGUGUCAGGCAUGCGGUGGGUGCAGUGGUUUGGAGAUGGAAAGUUCUCUGAGGUUUCUGCGGACAAGCUGGUGGGACUGAUGGCCUUUAGGCAGCAUUUCAAUUCUUCCACGUUCAAUAAGCUGGUGUCCUACCGCCGUGCCAUAUACCAUGCCCUGGAGGUUGCCCGGAGCCGGUCAGGGAAGACGUUUACAACUGGCCCCAGGGACUCGCUGGAGGAGCAGCUGAAGCCGAUGAUUGACUGGGCAAUCACUGGCUUCAAACCCCUGGGGCUCAAGGGACUGCAGCCACCCAAAACCUCAGAAAAUGGGGUGCUGAGGAAUGGGACAGAGGAGGUGCUGUCCCUUGAACAGUAUCCCCCCACCAAGAGGCUGAAGAGCUACCCCUGCAACAAUGGCAAGGAGCAGCGCAUGGAAGAGGACCAGACCCGAGAACAAAUGGUUUCCGAAGUUACGAACAACAGCGGGAAGCUGGAAGACAGCUGUUUGUCCUGCGGGAGGAGGAACCCGGCCACCUUCCACCCACUGUUCAAAGGAGGCCUCUGCCAGACGUGCAGGGAUAGAUUCCUGGAGUUCUUCUACAUGUAUGAUGAAGAUGGUUACCAGUCCUACUGUGCUGUCUGCUGUGCGGGCAAGGAGCUGCUGCUCUGCAGCAAUUCCAGCUGCUGCAGGUGCUUCUGUGUGGAGUGUCUGGAUGUGCUGGUGGGGCGAGGGACGUCGGCCAAAGCAAAAGUGCAGGAGCCCUGGAACUGCUACAUGUGCUCACCCCAGCAGAACUACGGGCUGCUGCAGCGCCGGCAGGACUGGAACGCCCGUCUGCUGGACUUCUUCACCAGUGACAAGGGACAGGAAUAUGCUGCACCCAAAAUCUACCCAACAGUCCCACCAGCAAAGAGGAGACCAAUCCGAGUGCUCUCAUUGUUCGAUGGGAUAGCAACAGGACAUCCAGGAGCAGCCACAUCAAGCUCUGCUGACGAAGGAGACCGGGAGGCCAAAGAGAGCAGUGCGACCUCAGACCUCUGUCCGUUGGCAGGGUACAUGGUGCUGAAGGACUUGGGCAUCCAAGUGGAGAAGUACAUUGCCUCGGAGAUCGGCGACGACCCCAUCGCGCCGGGCACCGUGCGGCGGCCCGAGGGCAAUAUCACCUAUGUGCAUGAUGUCAGGAACAUAACCAAGAGAAAUAUUGAAGAGUGGGGUCCUUUUGACCUGGUGAUCGGCGGAACCCCUUGUGACGACCUCUCCCUUGUCAACCCAACCAGGAAGGCACUCUUUGAAGGAAGCGGGAGGCUGUUCUUCGAGUUCUACCACCUGCUCAACUACGCCCGUCCCAAGGAAGGCGAGGAGCGGCCCUUCUUCUGGAUGUUUGAGAAUGUGGUGGCCAUGAGGGUCAAUGACAAGAGGGACAUUUCCCGGUUUCUGGAGUGUAACCCAGUUAUGAUUAAUGCGAUCAAGAUAUCGGCUGCCCACCGAGCUCGUUACUUCUGGGGCAACCUCCCGGGGAUGGACAGGAUCUUCGGCUUCCCCCUCCACUACACGGACGUCUCCAACAUCGGCCGCGGGGCUCACCAGAAGGUGCUGGAGAAAUCGUGGAGCGUCCCGGUCAUCCGGCACCUCUUCUCCCCACUCAAGGAUUACUUUGCCUGUGAAUAGCAAGCCGAGCGUCCCUGUCUCUCUGGUAAAGGUGCACAGCACCGCUGCUGUGGCGGGAGAGGGACGGGCACGGCUGCCAGACUGCCGGGACCCCCGUCCCUCCCCGGCCACGUGCUGCGGGACGGCAGCCUGGCCCUGCAGGGAGAGCCGUCUGUAACCAAAGAACCUGGCAGGGUCACUUCUUUAAAGGGACUAACGGGCAGUGAUUCGUAGGAAAUGAUGGACAAGGAGCUUUAAUUACCCAGCACAGGAGCUCUAUGCAUCACUGAUGAGAUGGGGAGUCUCCUCCACAGCAUUAACUAUUCCGGUUUAGCCUGGAGCUGGGAAGUCACCACUUGCUGAGCAGUCAGCGUGGGGGCAGCUGCCAGGGAGCUGCAGGCAAACCUGAACUACAGUGAAUUAAUGCCUUUCCUAAACAAACAAAACCUCUUGAAGCAACUGCCAAAAACCCCCAAACCGUAGCAGCAGGUGUAGGGGACCCUGCUCAGGUUACACACUGAACACAAGAUUAUACAGAAACCAAAUCUUUUUUUAUUUUUAUUUUUUUUAUAAACUUUACUUUUGUUGUUUUAAUGUCUAUUGCUGCUUUUAAGGCAUUACAUAAGAAUGUGGAGAUUCCUAGACCUGAAUGUAGCUGAAACUGAACUGUGAGGUGAUAGAAUUACUUUUCUAGCUAGAACUGAAGAAAUACUGUUUUAUGUGUUUGGCUGUAGUUUACAGAUAUUCACUACUUCCUUUUUAAAGCAUCUAAACCCUUUCCUUACAUUUUAAAAUCCUGCUGAAUGGCUUGAAAGCUUACACAGUAAUUGGAGCAGGGAGGAUUUGGUCUCCAGUGUCUGUAAAGGAAGAUGUUCUUGGAGCAUCCAUUUCCCAAAUGAAUGUGGUAUGUCAGCAGGAAGGACAGCGUAGUGGUCAAUGGCAUCCUCAAACCACAGCCCCCCAAAUGUCAUGUACCAUGUCAUGAACCUGAGCAGCAGUGGCAGGGUGUUGGCUGUGGGGCAGGGGGUUCCUUAUAGGGAAAAUCCCACCCGACCCCUAUGGGGAUGCAAGGUCCAGGAGUGCAGCACUGCUCUUGCCCGCACUGUGGGCAGGGGGAGUGGACCCU